UAAUACUAUAAAAUGAUACAAGAAAAACGUACUUUUCAUUUCUACAGAAAUGAAUUCAGAAUACAUGAAACUGUUUUUGAUUUCCGUCCUUUUGGGGAGUAACUAUGCUAGCGAUGGGAUCUGUAGCAAUAACACAGUUAUUCCAAAAUGUUGCACGAGCUAUAUGUACGAUGACACAUUGCAGCAAUGUGUAGCUUGUAUUGGAAGGUACGGUGACAACUGCAGCAAAAGUUGUCCUCUCGGAUACUAUGGACGAAAGUGUAAUGACACUUGUAAUUGUAAUUCCACCGUUUGCGACGAAGUGACAGGAUGUUUAAAAGCUACAUCAGAUCAAACUGAAUCAUAUGAGAAUAUAACAUUCAGGGAAUUGGAUUUGUGCAAACCAAUAGAUUCAGGAUUGAUUAUACGUCAUACUUUGACCGUAUCGGUAUUCUUCCUUUCCUUACUGAUUGGCAUAACUGUAACCAUCGCCUACAGACUGAAAAGAAAAACCGAGACCAGAAUCCCCGUUGUCAGCACAAAAGACAGCUUAUUUCUCGAUCGCAAUACUUGCGCCUCCUCAUCGAUCUAUAUCGAUGUGAUACACCCCAGAACUACACCAGUUCGGGUCGUGGAACUAAUAGACCAAACAGAUUACUCGGAAAUAAACUGAGGCAAACUGUUCCCAUAAACUACCAAAGAAAGAGUCUGAACAGUUAUAAACCGGAUGACACAACUAAAGUUUCUAUUAGAUUUAACAAAGAAUAUGUUUACCACAAAAAAUUUCUAGUUGUGCUUCGCAAUAGCUG